CGGCAGAAGGCAUGCAGGACAAAACAGAAGAAAGUGGAGGAAACACUGGAGUGGAGAGUGCGCUGAAAAGAUCAAACGUCCACAGAAGGUUUGAGAAGAUAUACAAGUGGACUCAGACAAAUGAAACAACAGUCUGACUGGGGGAUGGUGAAAGGGUGUAAGAAGGGCGAGACUGAUGAUGGGGUGCAGAAAGGAGAGCUGAAGGAAGACAAGGAACAAGGAUGCACUCCCCUUAUCGCUGCCUGCCGCGGUGCCAUGAGUGAGGUGGUUCAGCAGCUCCUAAGGACUGAUGCUGACCUGACCGUGUGCAACUUCAGCCAGCAGACAGCGCUCCACGUAAGUCCGUCGGAGCUGCAGGAAAAAAUGGUGGGGUGGAUGUCAAGGCCUCAUCUGCCCCCCCAGGCGCAGCUACUGCAGGCUGCCUGGCAGGGAGACCUGCACUCCUUACAGCACCUGUUGCUUCAGACCGAUGGGCUGGAUGUGAAUGUUCCAAAUAGCGACGGUGUGACAGCUGUGAUGCUUGCUGUCAGGGACAUCGACCUGUUUGAAGACUUAGGAGCACAUUUGCCAUGGGAGCACAAACCCGUGGAGGUCAUCAAGGAACUGCUCGGAGUUUCUGCUGAUCUGAUGGUACGAGACCAUAAUGGCUGCUCUGCUCUCCACUACGCUGCUAAUACCAACAGCUUUCUGACAGAAGACAUCAUCCAUGUUCUGAUGGAGGCGUUAAGUCAAAAAGAUGCCAUUCCCAUUUCACAAAUACGGGAUUUGGUCUCAGAGUUUGGAGAUUCAGACGUAGAGUUGGACAUUGAGAGCUUUCAUCCUAACCAGUUGAUAGCAGCCUCGCCCACAAGGACACCAACCCAUCAAGAUCACUUUCUUCUAUACAGCCACACCAGGGAAGUGCCAGAGUCUCCAGGGAGCCCCCCUCUAUCUGACCAUCAUAAAGACCUGAGCCAAGAUAAGGGGAUCCCCCCCUGUUCCCAAGAAGCCAUGGAAACACUGAUAGACAUCAGGGAAGCCUAUCAGGAGGCAGGCAGGGGAGGCAGUCGAGGUGUGUCUCUGCCCAGUUUGCACAAGAGCAACAACAGCAGACAUCGGGGCCAUGCAGACCACCCUCUGUCGUCUGGCUUGCUGAGAAGCCCCUGCCAGCCAAUACCCCCACCACACAGGAGACGAAGAACAAGAAGCGUGGUUGCUGCAUCGCCACCCUCCCAUAGCUUGUUGUCUGUGGCAGAGCCCAGUCAGCUCAGCCAAUCAGCUCCCAGCAUCAUGGAACCUCUGCUCUGUCCAAACACUAUGAUGCAGGCCAGAGCACACAUCCAGACCCGGUUGGGUUCUCAUCGUACUAUAAAUGAACAAAAGGGUCUACUGCCCCGAACACCUAAACUCUUGGCACCCCUGGACAACCGCUCCAGAAAUGGCACCGCUCUGCCUGUACUAAAGCAACAUGUUCCCCUGAAGCCCAUCAGUCAGAGCCCCCUUUCUACAAGGACCAGGUUGAAAAGAGAGAGACUGUCCUGGGGCAGCUCAUGCAUUGAUCCUUCAACAACUAAGGCUGGCAGUGAGGAGAGUGGGUCCAGCAGCAGCCACAGCUCAGUCGAUUUAGAGGAUGAGGACGCUGACAGGGAUCAAGAUGCAUAUCUGACUGUCAGUCACGACAGGAUGUUGGAGCUUCCAAAGGAUGCGAGCACCACUGAGGCUGAUAGGACUGGGAAGACAGCGCUGCAUUUUAAAGUUCAGUCAAAGAUUAGUCAUGUUCCACUGAUCCGCAGAUCAGGACGUAGCCGGAAGGAAGACCUUAUCAAUCAUACAAGUGAUCUUCACAACAGUGCAAUAGCUUUGAAUAUUACAAAAGAGUGUGCUGACAGCGAGUCAUCAAAAGUAUAUGACUCUGCAAAAAAUGGAGACACUCUGACUCAGGAUAAAGGCAUUUUGAAUAAUGUAAUAGUUUUCACAUCAGAGUCAAAGGAGGAGAAGAACAGUGUGGGGAACACUUCUGAACCUGGGACUGAGAUUAUCCAUGCAGUUAUAUUUAAUGCGAAUAAUGAUCUAAAUGAAUUGAGAAAUGUGAAACAGACAGAAAAAACGAAGUAUUCGUGUGAUGAAGAAAACCAAGUAGACAAAAAAUUUGUUUGCAGUCCAGUAGAUGAAACGUUAAAUCCCAGUGCUGCUGUGGGGAAUGUUCAAGUUUGUACUUCACCUGAAAACAUUCAUCAGAACGAUGGAGGUCACAAGAAAGAUGAGAAGCUUACACAGGAGAAGGAGAAAAGAACCAAUGUGAACUUUGAACUGAGAACAAGCAAUCACACUAAGCAGCCUUUCAACAUACUAGCACAUAAAGACAGAAGCAUUUUAAGUCGGAAUAAGUCCAAAAGCAACUUUAAGUACGCCUCGCUGAAUACUCAGGUCAAAGAUAAAACCAGGAAAAGUCCUGAGCAAACUGGUGGCAGAGAGGGUAUUGUAACUAAAGCCAAAUCAAAGAUGAAAUCAAAAGGUCGCUCUAAUUCUGGCACUCCAUCGCCACGAAAGAAAGUUAUUGAUUAUUCACAGAGCAAAAUAAUACAUCCUGUCACUACUCAACAGCACACACAAGGGAGGGAGCUGAGAAGUGCCCAGCAGCUGAGAAAACCCUGUGUAGGGGAAACACCAAGGUCUAAAUCUGCCGUUGACCUCAUCACCUACAAGGAUAUGUUUCGGCAGAUACAGAGUCAGAGUCAAGAAGGGCCAGCCAUCUACGAGAUGUUUGCCGGUCCUGUCUAUGAAAACCUCAGAGUUCCCCACACCUGUGAGAAACUAAACGAGAAAAGCCCACCCCAGUGUGCUCCACCUAAGAAGACGCAACAGGGCCAUAAAGCAAAACACAGGCAACUAAAAUCAGCACCCAGUAAGCCAAAGAGAAGCCCAGCUGAGACAACAGUGUUUUCAGCUAAAAGCAAAGCAAAGCCUGUGCCGUCCAGGAUAAAAACUCCAACCACACCUGUCAGGAAGAGCAUCCACAAAGGGCGAAAUAAUCCUCGACUAGACACUGAGGUAGUUCUUAACAAAGGUGUCAACAUUUGUCAAGACAAGGGUGAAAGUCACCUGUCUACAAUAGAAGAGACCUUUCCUACAUAUGACUGUGAAACGAUCAAAUGUGAUGACAACACUCUCACUACACCAAAAUCUCCCUCUCAUGGUGCAGAUUUCAGUCACACACACACAAAUAUUCAAGACACAACAGUAAGUUCAUUAACAGGAAAUCAAAACAGACCACUUCCAGAGCCCGUGUUAUCACAACGUCCUCAUCGGCCAAAGAUGGACACAUGGACAUCUUCAAGUAGCAACAGCUACACAAUUACGUCCCCUGUUUACCAGAAGUUUCUGGAUGAAGCAGGUGACGGGCCACUCACAGACGAUCUGCUGCAGUGUCUGGCAGAGGAACUGAUCUCUUUGGAUGAGAGGGAUGCAUCUAUAGGCCCGCUUAAUCCAAAUAAGGAAAAGAGCAACCAGGAAUCCAGCAUGGAAGAUGAUCGUGUCAUGGGACUAAAUAUGUUUUCCGAGAUUGCUUCAAGAGGCAGUGGCACCGUGCUUGGCUCUGGGUUGGUCUUGGAUGACACCAUCACAUGGAGAAAGGGUGAAGUACUCGGCAGGGGCGCCUAUGGCACAGUGUACUGUGGCCUGACCAGUCAGGGUCAGCUAAUAGCUGUGAAGCAGGUGAUCCUCGAUUCCUCGGACGCUGAUGCCGCAAAGAAAGAAUAUAGUCGUCUGCAGGGGGAGGUGGAGUUGCUUAAAACCCUCAGACACAUCAACAUUGUUGGCUUCUUGGGUACCUCGCUUCAGCAGCAUGUGGUUUCCAUCUUCAUGGAGUAUAUUCCAGGAGGCUCCAUUGCAAGCAUCAUUCACAGAUUUGGUCCACUGCCAGAGCGAGUCCUGGCUCUGUACACUCAACAGAUCCUGGAAGGGGUGGCUUACCUUCACGUGAACAGGGUGAUUCAUCGAGACCUGAAGGGAAACAAUGUCAUGCUAAUGCCAACUGGUGUCAUCAAACUCAUAGACUUUGGAUGCGCACGUCGUCUAAGUUGUAUGCAUCACACAACUUGCAACAGUGUCGACCUGCUCAAGUCUGUCCAUGGCACGCCUUACUGGAUGGCACCAGAGAUUAUCAAUGAAACAGGAUAUGGGAGGAAGUCAGACAUAUGGAGUGUGGGGUGCACGGUGUUUGAGAUGGCCACAGGGAAACCACCGCUGGCACACAUGGACAAGAUGGCUGCCUUGUUCUAUAUUGGGGCUCAGAGAGGGUUGAUGCCUUCCUUACCAGACAGUUUCUCAGAAAAUGCAAAGGAUUUUGUAAAAAUCUGCUUGACAAGUGACCAGAAGCUACGUCCAUCAGCUGACCAGCUGCUGAAGCAUUCAUUCAUCCCCACAAAUGUGACGUGAAAGAGGAAAUAAAUGCCGCGAUCAGACAGGACUGUGUUGUCAAAUUAAAAGAUUUCACUGAGUUUGAUUUAUACAACUCAAAACAUCAAAUGGUCUUUUGUGACCCUGUGAGAGCUUACUAUCUAUUCAGCACUAUAGCAGUAGUGCCAAUGAUGGGCAGGAUGAAAAAGAACAGUUAUGAGAAGCACUUUUGUAUACAGUGAUAUGAUCUAUAAAAUGUGAAUUGCAUGUAGGAUUUUUCCUUCCUCAUACAUGUGCCAUUUAGUUUUUAUGGUAUUUUCAGUUUUAAUAAAAGGAAAAUGCAUCAUCUAGCCCAACCAUCAUUUUUCAGUGACCCCCAUACCUUUAUAUCGAAUCACAAAGAAUUCAGCAUUUAACUGUGUUUAAAUAUCAUGCCACUGGAAAAAACACAGCAUGUCUCAAAUUUAACUACAAAUCAGUACCGUACAAACUUUUUAUUUUGCAUUAAAUGACAAAGACCACCAGGACUUAUUCUGUGUCAGGGUAGUGGCAACAUUAAAGUUUAUUUGGAAUUUUGAAAUGAAAAGUGGAGAAAAAGGAUGUGAAGAGUAGCUUAUGUUCUACAACUGCAGUAAUCCUGUGUGCCCGAAUGCAAAUCCCCAACCAGGGUACAAUAUAGCCUCAGCCUAAUUUGUAUUUUGCACACUCUUAACAUAAAACAAGUAACCCGGUCAGAAACAGAGAAGAUUGGGUCAUAUCAAGAAUUUACAACGGAAGAGUGUUUAAUGUAUGAAAGGGAUAAUAAAGCCGUGUCCAGACACGGACAGGGCUGCAAACAUAAUAAAACCAACUGAAUAAAAGAAAGUCAAUGAUACACAAAAACUAUGAAGCACGUCUACAUUGCAGAUAUUUGAGGUCACCUACAUAUCAGGCAGGUCAAUUUGCCUGUGGCCAAUUAUUCACAGCUAAAUGAAAGCGAGCCAACAAGUGUUUCAUCCUGAACAGUACCCUGUGACUCAGUGACUGAACAAUGGGCAUUUCCUUUUUUUAUCUAAAGGGCUACAGCUUUAUGUCAUGAAAUGUCUGAUGCAGUUAAAAUAAAAAGGGUUAUGUAAACUUUAAUAGCACAACUACUGUCCUUGCCAGCUUUAUUUUUUUCCUUGUUGAGGCACAACCUUUGGCAUCCAGCUUCAAGUCUACUUAAGAGGUCCAAAAAAAUAUUUUGGUACAAAUUGCAUCGCUCUUAUGUGAUAAGUAGGUGUCGGAUGUGCCAGUUGCUGAGGGAAUCAAGUAAUAUUCUCUGAUGGAAACCUACAGUACAUCACUGUCUUAUAGCAAGGCUGCAAGAAGCACACACCACUGGAAUGCUUCGAUCAUUUACCCGAUGAUGCCCACUCCACUGAUCAACAAAAUAAAACUCUUUUAUAGGUAUUACAAUAAUCUUGUUAUACUUACAAGCAGCUCCUAACCUGAGUAGUCAUGGUAUAGCUUUUUUUUCUUUAAACAUACAAAAACGUAUGUACAUUUAUCUCCAUUUUUUGUAAACAGCAAGUUAGCGCUCUCCUUCCAAAUCCCUUUGAUUGAAACAUGCAAAUCAUACGCACAGUACUUAAGUAUAAAAAGAAACCAAGACAAGAAAGUAAUUUAGGAGAUGAAUUUUAAACACCUAAAAAAUUGCAUCCAUCAACAGUACUAAAUGGAAUAUCAGCAAACUGAAGUCAUCUCCACCUGGCCACCAUCUUCCUCCAUAAAACCACAGAAAUGUGAUUCAAUGAAAAUUACUUCUUUAAAAGAAAAAAAAAAAAAAAAAA